AUGGCUAAACAAAUAUUCCAUGUAUUCAUGUGGGUUGAUUUUGAGAUGCAUGGCACAGCUCGUGGGACUGCUGCAAAGUUUGGAUCACUUGAUUUCGACGUUACCAAAAGCUUCAAUGUGUUGUUUAUCACCCCAACAAUUGUAACGGAUUCUCUUGCAGUUUUAGCUACUUUAGCAGAGAAAGUUGAUGGGACGGUUGCAAUUUUACGCCGCGGAGCCUUGCAAUUGUUAGUGAGGAAUUUGAAUACCUUCACUUCAAGGACAGCGAAGGAGUAUUGCGUUUCCUUGUUGUUGGCUCUCUGUGUAAAUGGCGGUCUAGAUGUGGUUGUUCGUUUGGUGAAGAAUCCUUGUCUUAUGGGAUCCUUGUAUUCCCAGCUUAGUGAAGGUACCACUCGAGCUAGCAAAAAGGCCAGUGCAAUCAUCAGGAUUCUGCAUGAGUUUUAUGAAAAGAGAUCCUCAGCUUCAGCGACUCCAGUUGUUCCACGAGAACGAUUCGUUCACGCAUGGUAAUUGGUAACCCAAUUAUUUUCCGGGUACCCAUUUAUUGUUUUUUUGCUUGUUCAUUCCUGCAAUCUUUCCAUGUAAAUACACGCAAGUGUCUAUAUUGCUCAGCUUCUGCAUUUUUCUAUGAAGCUGCGUGAAAAAAGUUAUUGUGGCAUUAUAAUUUUAUUUACGGAAUGUUGAUAAUAUAUAUGGUCGUAAGACUAUAAUACAAUGGUGUAAAAUUCAUUCCUCAUAAGUGGUAGUAUAAUGUAUAAACAGCUUCAUCUGUGUUGUACGCUCGUUCUAGGAUUGUGCUAUAGUUUAUCUAAUACUAAAUCUAUCCACUUUACAACUUUAGUAUAUAAUUGUUCCACGGAUGCAGCUGGCUUUGUGGUGAUGUACAUCCACUCGUGAGAUAUUAUCUGCUCGAAA